AUGCCUGAAGGACUGCGGGCAAGAUGGCUGGGUCAGUCGUGGUCUCCACUGGCGGCAGCACAGGCAGGCGGUGCAAAGUUGGAUGGUUCUCCUCGCGUGCCAGAACUGGACCCGGUAUCUUUGCGUCCCGCCGUAAAUAAGGCCUCAGUUCCCAUGCCACAGUUCUAUCGCGACGGCACGAGGCAACCCAAGAAAGAGGCCCCUGGGGGCCAUUGCAAUGAAUUGGUGCGCAUCGUGCUUACGAUUCUCCGAAGCAACCCUCUCGCAAGGACAGCUGAGGGACAGAUAUUCCUAGAUAUUCUGACCAAAGCUGCGGCGUAA